UACAGGCUUCGCCUCCGGCAGUUUCUUUUUUAAAAGGCAAGCUCAAAGCCGCAGAUUAUACAUUCUGCUCGCAAUCUGCGCGGGCGAAGUAACCUACAGUGAGAGAGAGAGACACACACACAGAGAGAGAGAGAAGGAAUCAGCAGGCUUUCUUUUUUUUCCUUUUCUCAUUUGAAGAGGAGCAGCCUGCGCGUAAACGGAACCGGGCAUCACUUAAGGGAGAUUUACGUGGUGUCUGGAUAAUUUCAUUUGUUUGUUUGAGUCCUUAAAACUCUGCGGGGUUUUAAGGAGGACGGCAGAGUGAGAGAGCACGCGAGCAUCGGAUGCGCUGACACUCACGAGUGAGCGCGCAGAGGCACCUGUGGAUACGACUCGCACCCGCCUGAUGUUCGGACUGAGACCAGCGACAAAGAAAGGAUUCUCCGCAACGCUUAGCUGAUACUCGUCUCCACCGACCGCCCACUCCACUCCACUCCACUCCACGCAGUUUCACUCGAGACCCGCACCCACCAUGCCUAUGCGCCUCUCCCUCCUGCUGGUUCCGCUGCUGAGCAUCGCCGGCUGCGGCUCGUCCUACGUGCCGUGCGAGCCGUGCGAUCAGAAGGUGCUGUCCAUGUGCCCGCCGGUGCCCGUGGGCUGCCAGCCGGUGAAGGAGCCCGGCUGCGGGUGCUGCAUGACUUGCGCGCUCGAAGAGGGCCAGCCGUGCGGCGUGUACACGGGGCCGUGCACGCGCGGGCUCCGCUGCCUGCCCAAGAACGGAGAGGAGAAGCCGCUGCACGCGCUCCUGCACGGCCGCGGGGUGUGCAGGAACGAGAAGUUGUACAAACUGGCGUCAAAAGGUGGACAGCCUCAUGAUGACAUGCUACGUGUCCCAGUCCCACCACAAACAAAGGUGCCCUUAUAUGGAGAUCACAUUAGCAGUCGCAAGUUCCAGGCCAUGAGGCAGGCCAAGGACCGUAAGAAGCAGCUGGCCAAGCUUGGGCCUGCCAGCAACUUGGCUCCACUCAGCGUAGAUAAACUGGAUCCUGAUUUUGUAAGUGAUGUAGAGAUUACAAAGAUGCAUACCAAGGGCCCCUGCAGAAGAAAACUAGAUAAUGUCAUCCAGGCCAUGAAAGACACUUCUCAGGUCUUUGCUCUCUCGCUGUACGUUCCCAACUGUGACAAGAAGGGCUUCUUCAAGCGCAAACAGUGCAAGCCAUCUCGCGGUCGCAAAAGGGGGAUCUGCUGGUGCGUAGACCAGUUUGGCGUCAAAAUCCCCAGCAUCAACUACGCUGGAGGAGAACUGCAGUGCAAAGAUCUCGACAACAACAGCAAUGAAUGAGGGCAAACCAGUUGUACUCAUUGAGCCCUAUUUCUUUGUAAAGCCUGCCAAUCAAGCUAGCACACUUUAUGACUGACAAUCAGGAAAAUAUGGCACAAAUGGUUUUAUACUGUAUAUGUUCAGGUGUGACGGACUCUAUCAUCUUUAAUUUUUUAAUUUUUUUUUUUUAAUUUUGUAAAGGGAGCCAAAUCAAAAAGCUUGCUUAAGUGAAUCUGCACAUGUAAAGCUCCAUUCUGGCUUCCCACUGACUGUGUACUAUUUUUGAGGUUAGCUAACACCUCAUCUCUCCAUAACCAUAGAUCAUAUAGAGACAGUAUGUUGUGUGCUACGACUAUUAUAGAAUUUAUUCCAAGAAAAGACAAGACAUAUUUUAAAUGUGGCUAAAUAUCAAUAUUUUUUUAUAUCUAUAUAUUUGCCAUGGUGAUGAUAAAUAUGCUAGGUGGCUAAGUGGGAAUAUCGUCUAAUACUCACUGUGUCACAAAUCAAGUACUUACAUAACUUCCAUUGUUAUUUUGAGUGCGAAAUUAAGGGUUCUACAAGUACCCGAAUGGUUAAUGUCUGAUCAUGUUUAAAAAUUUGAGCAUAUGGGGGGAAAUACAAAUAACUAAUGCAAGCUAGGUUGCUGACACAGGCAAAUUUUUUGCUUUUUUUUCAGGCACUAAUUUAUAUGAGCUAUUUGCCAAUCAAAUCAGAAUUUAUGGCAUAAAAAUACAUUUGAAUUUAAAUAGGCGAAGCAGAGAUGGGAGAGUCUGAAUGUAAAGAAAAUAUCACCCUAUCGAUAUCAGUCUUAAAACUCUUAUAUCUGUCAGGCACUAAUUUAUCUGCAUUUAAUUUAGAAGAAUAUCUUCAGUGAUGAAGAAUUUAUUAUUUUGUGGUCUGAUGACUGAUAACUUGUACAUUUUCACAAUAUCUAGUCUGUCUAAAUGAAUGCAGAGUGUAAAUGCAGAUAAUGUACAACAUGGAAGUGUCUUAAAGGAAGUAUACGCAUUGUGAUACAGUGACUAAGUUGGCUGUAGGUGUCUACUGUUACUUCCCAAAGGGUUGAUUCUGUUCAUCUGGACAUACCAUUUUCAGUGGGAGAAACACUUCAUCACUUAUCCAAGUAACUUCUUCAGUCUACUGGUACUAGUCAGGCUCAAAAUUAGCUAACAGCGACUUUUUUCAUUAUGGUCAUGCAGCUAAUUUUAUGAUCGACGUAGAUCCAGAAAUGAAAAGGUUUGCUAUGAGAAGCUGACAAGCAUUAAUGAAGUUUGGCAUUUUAGUUAGACAGCACAUUUAUUUGGCUUUUUCAAUUAAAGUUAUAUGAGAAGAUUAGUAGCAUAGACUCGGAUCAUUGUUUUGUAUAUGAUGCUAGAGAUAGCAGCUGGUUAGCUUGGCAGAUCGAAAAAAAAAAGGAAGGAAACCAGUGUCUGCAACACUUUCUAAUUAAACAAGUUAUGUGUGUUGAUUGCUUAAUCUGUACAAAAACAAGGGUUUGCGAUUUAGCAGGGGUGGGUUAUGUGCCAGAUUGUUACUGCGCUGGGAGUAGUAAUUUCCUCUUGUCUCAACUGGUUGCCUGAAGCCAAGAAAAAGAAACCUAUAAAAUUCACCCUAAUCAGCUAAGUCUAUAUCUUUUUUUUUGUCCUCCAGUGCACUUGGACUAAACUUACCUGUAGCUUGUGCCACUCUCAGCCGAGCUUUGUAUGCUUGUGAAACAGGAUGUUCCAUGAUAAAGCAGGUUGCAUUUUUGAUAAAUUAAGCCCUCAUGAGGAAGGACAUUAGGUCCUGCCAUCUUAACCUGUUAGUUCUCUUAUUGUCAGAUUCAUGCACAUUCUUAAUUUUCUGUUUUUGAUGUUGGUGUAAGCUGAGACAGACCCAUAGAACUUUCACUUUCCAGACAGCUGUUUCCACUGUUUGUAAAUGUAUGUAUAAAGUAUGUGUGCAUGCUCCUGAGUGUGACUGUACGUGUAUGUGUGUGUGUGUGUGUGUGUGUGUGUGUGCUAGGCGUACCAUACCCUUGUAGUUCUCAGCUUCUCAAAAGCUCUGAUUUCAGUUCACAUGAGCAUAGUCUGCUCAAACUACUGUCUGCCAGACUCGGUGCUGUGCAUUUCCCUUCACAGCUCGCACACAAAUCAUAUGCAAAGGCCCCGCAUUGAUUAUUUUUUCCAUGUGAAGGGUCUUCACUGCCACCACACAGGCAAAUGUGCUGGCCAAUGGUGACUUGCUCUCAGGGUUCAUCGGGUACUUCAUUUUGCGAAGAGCAAGGUCGCUGAGUUUUUAUGUAAAUUCAAGUGCCUUCUGCCCCACACCAGUUUGAAUUUUGAUUUGCAUGUGGCUCCACAGAGCUGUUGGAUGAGGGACAGAUCAAGCCCAAAAGAGGAAAACAAUUUUAGGUGUGGAUGUGGUUUUCACUCUUCAGUCGGUUGCUGACAAACACUAUCAUGAUCUUCCAGUCAAAGUGCUGCUCUGACGAUAGAGGAAAAGAUUUAUUCUAUUGUCAAGCAUUUGCCUAAUUUCCUGUUUAUUUUGUUGCGUAAUCCUAGUGUUCAAUCAAUGAAAUAUAGAAAUGUCUCCUCGCUUUAUCACAAUGGUUGGGGAACACUGACAGCGGCACAUCAGCCUGUUUUUCUCAGUGCAAACCUCUCUCAUGCUGUUGAUUCAGGCACACGUGUAAACACAACAACACAGUAACACUCUGAACACUUUAAUGUGAACAUUAUGGUGAAAUAUUUAUCAGGCGUGUAAUUGAUGUACUCUUUUUUUUGUUUGUUUUUUGUAAAGGCUAAUCACUAUUUAAAUAAAGUUCAUGUACUCACAAAAACUGUA